AAAAAACAUUGCCAUAUAUUCCAAUAACAAUUGUUCCCUUCUUCACCUCUUGCUUCCUGCUCGUGGCGGCGGUGUUGUUUUUGAAAACCAUAGUUUAAUCUCCCAAUCUGCCAUGGCGGCGACGACCAAAGGAUUCGUUCUAUAUCUGCUGUCUGGUUUUUCAAUAGCCAUUCUCUCUGUUUUGUUCAUCAACAAGAACAACUACGACAUCAUGAACCGUAGCUCAAAUCUCUUACGGUCCCCAGUUUCAUCCCACACGGACCGAGUUUGGCCUGAAUUGGAGUUGAACUGGAGGCUUGUAAUGGCGACGGUGAUAGGAUUUCUAGGUUCGGCUUGUGGAACGGUUGGCGGCGUUGGAGGCGGCGGUAUUUUCGUUCCCAUGCUUACUUUGAUUGUUGGAUUUGAUACCAAAUCUGCCGCCGCUAUUUCAAAAUGCAUGAUCAUGGGAGCAUCGGCGUCGUCGGUUUGGUACAAUCUUAGAGUCCCGCAUCCGGCGAAAGAAGUGCCGAUCAUCGACUACGAUCUGGCUCUUCUUUUUCAACCUACGUUGAUGCUUGGCAUCACCGUUGGUGUUGCCUUGAGCGUCGUUUUUCCUUAUUGGCUCAUCACUGUACUCAUCAUCAUACUCUUCAUAGGUACCUCUUCAAGAUCAUUCUAUAGGGCAAUUGAAAUGUGGAAGGAAGAGACACUUUUAAAGAAUGAACUCACCAAGGCACAAGGAACAGUAAACUCCGGGGGUGAAUUACUGAUAGAUACAGAGUAUGAGCCAUUGAUUCCGAAAGAAGAGAAAUCCGAACUGCAAAUAUUAUGUUUCAAUCUAAGGUGGAAAAGGCUUUUGAUACUAGUUACAGUUUGGGUGCUUUUCACUGUUAUCCAAAUCAUCAAGAAUGAUGCGGUUCCUUGUAGCACUUUGUAUUGGGCACUAUUUUGCUUACAGUUCCCAGUUUCAGUGUUGGUUUUUGGAUAUGAAGCAAUCAAAUUAUACAGAGAUUAUAAGAAGAGAAUGAGCACCGGGGAUACUGAAACAAUUUGUGAAGCUUCCAUUCAAUGGAGUCCACUGAACAUUGCAUUUUGUGCACUCUGUGGCAUCUUGGGAGGCACCGUCGGUGGAUUGCUCGGUUCCGGCGGUGGUUUCAUUUUGGGUCCUCUCCUCCUUGAAAUUGGUGUGAUUCCGCAGGUGGCUAGUGCAACAGCAACAUUUGUAAUGUUGUUUUCUUCGUCCUUAUCAGUCGUUGAAUUCUAUUUGCUUAAGAGGUUCCCAAUCCCCUACGCGUUGUACUUGAUGGGAGUAUCUAUCUUGGCUGGUUUCUGGGGACAGUAUUUCGUGAGAAAACUAAUAGCAAUCCUCAGAAGAGCAUCGCUCAUUGUGUUCAUUCUAUCGGGUGUCAUCUUCGCAAGUGCUCUCACAAUGGGAGUCAUAGGCAUAGAGAAGAGCAUUGGAAUGAUUCAGAAGCAUGAAUUCAUGGGAUUUUUAGAUUUUUGCAGCAGUCAAUGAUCAUUGACUAAAUCUAUACGGAGAUGUCGUCGGUCAUCACCUUGUUGACCAACCUCACUACAUUCAACGUCUCCUGUUGGAAUAAAUAGUUUACCUCAAAUGUGUUGCCGUCGAAUGUGACUGUUAGCUCCUGGCCAACUCUCCAUUCUUUCAAAUGUGUUGCCUUCGAAUGUGACUGUUAGCUCCUGGCUAACUCUCCAUUCUUUAUGUGAUUUAUGCAUCAUAACUUUCAGCA